AUGCACCCAAAAGAAAAGGAUGACAUCGUGGCACCAAGCAAUGACGAAUUGCUCAAUGACGCUUCCCUUCCUGGUUCUGCUUCAAAGGUUGUCCCCUUGCUCACUCCAGACGAAGACCCCCUUCCUGGUAUUCUCCCUUCCACAAAGGUUGUCCCCCCUCCCUCGCUCACUCCAGACGAAGAUCUCCUUCCUGAUAUUCUUCCUCCCACAAAUUUCGGUCUCAUUCCCUUCCCCAGUUCAAGCAUAAUUCCUGAAUUUCCGGGCCAGCUGGCUCCCGAGAUAGACCUGGAAGCACUCUCCCAUCCUUCAGAUGCACCUGUUUCCAUGAACUGGGAUUUCAGUGCAUCGGAUGACCUUGCCACGCUCCUUAGGUCUUAUGAAGGAAGUUCGGUAUCCAAUGGCAACGCCCUGUCCUUUUCAUCGCCACAAGGAAGCUCAUUCUCUGCCACCGAUGGCUUGUCACUCGAUGCACAAACACAGUCGAGUAGCGAUGAGUUGGACCGCAGCAGCGUCUGGUCAGACUCUUUUCCCUGGGACUCUUUCGACGACAUCUUGGCCGGUAUUUCCCCCACUGAUCUCUCAUAUUCAGCUUAUAGUCCAUCUCAAUUCGACUUGAACAUGCCUUCCAUGGAGUCUGCUUCAUUAUCUGGAUUUUCCACUGCACCACCGUCGCUUCCAUCAUUUUCCCUCUGCCAUCCCGACAUCCGAUGA